AGCCAGUGGUUCUGUUUUCGCAGGUAAAAAUGUUGGUAACACCGUCUGCCUCCAAUAAAACUCCGCCACCAUAUCCGACCACCGCCGUCGCCUCCUCCAUCAACCACCCUGAAAAUCCACAAAUUCACCUCAAAUCCAUCGAUCGCCGUUACAUUCUAGCUUCACUCGCCGCCUCAAUCACCCCAUUCUUCGCUCCUCAACCUCCUGUCAGUUACGACGAAUCUCCUCCUUUACUUCCGAUCUCCGUAUUACCCUCCGCCGCCGCUCGCGGCCUCUUCCAAAUGCCCCCUGUUCGUCUCUCCAAUCGGUAUUAUUUGGUUAGGGCAGGAGAAUCUGAAUUCGAGAGUUUGGGGAUAAUCAAUACAAAUCCAGUUGCGAAAACAUCUGUGGAUAAUGGAUUAUCAAAUAUAGGGAAGAAACAGACGGUGAGAGCAGCUUUGAGAUUGAAGGAAAUGGGAGCUUGUGAAAAUAGUUGCUGGAUUUGGCCUUCAAUUACUCAGAGAUCUUAUCAGGCUGCUGAGGUCAUUGCUGCUGUUAAUGGAGUUAACAGGAGUAAUAUAGUUCCAGAGUACAGUUUCUUGGAUGCUCGUGGAUUAGGAGCAUAUGAAGGCAAGUCUUUACAAUCUGUUUCAGAAAUAUAUGCAUCGGAUGGUCUUUCCACAAACAUUAAACCGCCCCCGAUCAACGAUGGAACGCCAAACGAGAGCGUUGCCGAUGUAUUUGUUCGUGUGACGCAACUAAUGUCGAUUCUUGAAACUCAGUACUCGGAGGACACUGUUAUCAUUGUGUCACCGGACUCGGAUAACUUGACAAUACUACAAGCGGGCUUAGUUGGACUCGAUCUUCGAAGGCAUAACGAGUUAUCGUUUGAGCCCGGGGAAGUUCGAUUCUUCGAUCCGAGUAGCAUUCCUACUUACAAGCAACCUGCUUCUGCUUUAUAUAAAUGUUUAAACCCUCCCCGUUGUACAUGAAUAAAGAGGAAUAAACGUCAUCUUUGUAUAAAAAACAGCAAUAAGGGGGCGUUUGGUUCAGGC